AUGGCCGGCGCCGCAGCCAACGACUACCAGUCCGGCGCCCCCUUCUACCUCGAUCCGAAUCAACAAGACCUCCUCCUCGCCGCUCUCGCCUCGAAUCACCAUGACCCCAAUGCUCUCUACUCCAACAUGGACACCAAGCAGUUGGAGGCCACGCAGCUGGCCUACCCCAUUGACACCACCUUCGACCCGACUUACUUCACGUCGCCCCAACAGAGCACCCCUGCAAAUGCCUUCCUCAAUGGUCCCAUUGAUGAUAGCCCUUUUGUAGACUUUCUCGACGGCGACGCCAAUCUCGACUUCGAUCCCGAUAACAGCGAUCUCAUGAUUGGAGCCCUCCCAGGCACCAGCCCGACGUCCAAGGCCGACGACGCCAACGAGAAGCGCAAGAGCCCCGAGGAUGAGUCGGGAGGCCGAGAUGGAGGUCCGAAGCGAACGGCGAGUGAAGAGAAACAGGCCAAGAAGCCGGGUAGGAAGCCUCUUACCUCCGAACCCACGACUAAACGUAAAGCCCAGAACCGUGCUGCUCAAAGAGCUUUCAGGGAGCGCAAGGAGAAGCAUCUCCGAGAUCUCGAGGCCAAGGUCUCCGAGCUUGAAAAGGCCUCCGAUGCCGCCAACCACGAGAACGGCCUGCUUCGGGCACAAGUGCAGCGAUUGCAGAUGGAGCUUCGCGAGUACCGCAAGCGCCUGUCACUCAACAGCGUCGGAUUCAGCAGGACAUCCGUCGGCGCUCAGGGAUUCGGCUCCCGACUCAUCCAGAACGGCACCGCAAGCACGUUUUCAUUCGACUUUCCAAAGUUCGGCGGACUUCCAGCAUCGCAUACGUACGACAGCAGCCUGGCAAAGGCAACCAGCAAGCCUGGGUCCAUCUCCUCCUCCGCUUCCGGCCGCCACAAUAGCGCUGAUGGUUUGAGUCCUGGCAGCCAGGCCAAUAGCUCGGGCGUCAGCUCGCCGGAGAAGACGGGCGCAGUUGCAUACAACGGCGCUCAGCGUUCGAGUCCUCUUCUCCCUGGUAUCUCGCAGUACGCGUCGCUCGCCAACGGCAAUGGCGCGGCAGGCGUUUCAGAGACCAGCACGGCGCAGUCGCGCGUCUUCCAAUUCAACAGCGGCUCAUCUACGCAUUCCGACUCUCCGUCGGCCUCGUCCACCUCGCACGUUGGGCAGAACUCGUCGUGCGGGACCUCGCCCGAGCCCAGCCACCACUCGCCAGUCAAUGCUGCCGACUCGGUCCCCGAUGGCUACGUCUGCCACGGAAACUCGGAAGGUGAGAUUUCCUUCUGUGAGAAGCUCAACAUGGCCUGCGGCAACCCUCGCAAUCCCAUCCCCCGCGCUAUGUCCCAGUCUGACAAGACCGCCCCUGCAGCACCCGCGAAGACGAGCUCGACCGAGAUCAAAGGAAUCGAUUACUUUGCCAACCAAAACGGCGGCCAGUUUGAUCCCGUACUCUUUGGCGAUUACCGCGACUCGCAGGCGGCCAUUGUCGGCGACGGCGACUUCACCGGCGGCUUCUUCAACGACGCCUUCCCCCUCGCCGACUUUGGCAGCCCCUUCCAUUUCGGCGACACGCCUGCCGUGCAGAAAUCCAACCCGCUCGAGGAGAUUGAGCGUAUCCAGAAUGGCGAGGAUGACGAAGAGGUGGUCCCUGGCGAGGACACGACGCAGAUGCUCAACUGCCACAAGAUAUGGGACAAACUGUCGAGUCGGGCAGAUUUCAAGGACGGCACCAUUGACAUUGACAACCUGUGCUCCGAGCUCCGUGCCAAAGCACGCUGUUCGGAGAGCGGUGUGGUGGUCGAUACCAAGGACGUCGAGGCUGCAUUGAAGCGUCUGCCCAAGGACAAGUAG